AUGACUGACUCUGCAACGGAAUUUCGAUAUUUGAGCGAAGAGGAAGCGGAUUUUCACCAUGGCAGCUGGCCUGCGCAGCAGCUUCGCUUUUUCCAGGAUGCAGAGCGCGCGCUGACAUCUGAUGUGUGCCGACGAUGGGCAGGUCGCAGAACCCGUGCACCACGGCUCUCGCGUUCCAUCCCUCCAGACUUUAUGCCUUUCAACAGGACGCUCGGCCUGGGAAAUGUCGGUGCUCCUAAGUAUCACCAUCUCAUCAGCAACGCAAUCGUUGAUUUGACAACUAUCGCGCUCACACUGCGCUUAUUCUGUGCUUCUUAUGCACUUCAAUGUGCCGAACUUCUUGCACACUGGCGAGCGGCCUGGUGCCUGAUGCUUAGAAGACUGGGCAAAGCUACAAGGUGGCUCGGUGCGGCUACAGCCUUCCUCCCAAGAGCUGGCAGGGUACGCACGGCCUUCGGAACGAGCACAGCGGCUUUGAUCACGCAAGCUUUGCCCCGUGACCUUGUCUUCCCGCUGAGCUGCCUCGCCACGGGAAAAGCUGACAUUCUGACUUCGCUUGCAGCUGUUGACAAUGUAACUAUCACGUUUACGGAGUAUUUCGAGGCCACAACUCUUCUGGGCGACGAGGUGAUACAAUUCGGCAGCACUCGUGUAAAGCGAGCAGAGUUUCACGGAGAAGCUCCGAACCGAUUUGCGCCUGAGGGCAUCCAACACCGUGCUGCAGUUCUGCUUUGGGCAUUGGCGCACCGUCCCAUCGGUUCCGUUCCUGCGCUGACGCCAGAAGUGGUGGAAGUUGGAGUCAACCGGGCGGAAUGCUCUGCUAGGCUGCUGUCGUCUCAUCCGAAGCUGAAUUGGUUGGGGGUUGAUCUGUACGUGGCUGUUGACCGAGAUCCCAUUAAAGGAGGCUCCGAACUUGCCGAAGCACGUUUAGCGCUGGCACCUUGGCUUGGUACACGAGCGCAGCUCACAGUGGACCACAGCACUUCUGCAGCAAAGUCCUGGAGCGGUCUCCGGGAAUUUGAUUUAGCAUUCCUUGAUGCAGAUCAUGAGGAGCACUCUGUGAGACGGGAUAUUGAAGCCUGGAGCUCUCUCGUCCGUGAAGGCGGCAUCAUCGCAGGCCAUGAUUAUGCUCGUAUCUGGCCUGGGGUCGUAGCAUCUGCUCACGGGAGCCUGCCACCAAACACCACACUUCAUUUAGCACCGGACAUGGUCUUCUGGUGGUACAAUCCAAAAACGGCCCCAGCGGCAACUGAUGCAGAGACCAGUCACUUCCCAGACGUGUGUGCUUUAUACUACAAUGCAUCUGCAUAUGACGCAUGUGAUUGUCGAAAUUUUGCCAUGCUUGCAUUCGGCUUCACCUCAGUAGGAUCAGCCUACAAACCGCUCAGCAAGUUAUCUUUGCUAGAGUAG